CCGCAGCCCCAGCAGCCUGCAGCGGCACAGCGCCCUCUUUUUUUUUUCUUGUUAGUGGCAGUCUGCCUUGGGUUGGUUAGUCUGCAGUAGGGGCGGCUUCGCUGUUGUCCGAAAGACCGCAGCGCGCGGAUAAUGAUGCUUCCAAAAUAGAAGCAGAGCUUGUGAUGACAUCGACAAGCCAAAGUCCAACAAGAUCUUUUUAUUCGCAAGGCUUCAACUUCUAUAAGACACAAUUCCCGCCAUCUCGCUACACUAUCUGCUACACUACAGCGCUCCCCGCCACACUACUACAACCUACACCACUCUUUUCCCCCCGCCACUACGCUACAAGUGCACUACCGGUACCGCCCACACGCCCCUCUUGGUACUAGAUCCCGUCCACCCCAGCGCAGCUCCCGCCCACUGCCGCUUUCGAUUAUAAGGCAUUUCCCCCCCACCGCACCUUCAACUUCCUUCUCUCCUCUCUCCACGGCUUUUUCGCCUCAAUCCUCUUCACUUCUCUCCCCCCUCUCCCCCCCAAAAGGCGGCUCAGCAGCAUCGUCAAUAAUUUCUCCCAACUGCUAAUCUCCCGUCGUCCUUUUGCCCUUCUUUUUUUUUUUUUAAUCCACCUCCCGAUUUUGCCAACUCCCUCCGAAAAUCCUCCUCUCCGAUCUCCCGAUACACACUUGGCUGGCUCCCCCGCCUCUUCGACCAGCCCCACGAUUCAAAGAUGCCCGUGCAACUACUUCCUGCGUCGGCUGCCGCCUUUGCGCCCAGAGCUUCCUCGGUCAACGUCGUCCUAGGAUCCAAGGUUGAGCCUUGGCUUACACAGACUCUCAAGCGUGUCAACCGAACAAAGCGCCCGCUCAACAACGUCAGCCAGCACCAGCGAUGCCUCACCGAGACACUUUCUUCCACAAACGCCAUCUGGACCCUUGCCUCUGUCCUGCUUCCCAAGCUUCCUCAAUCUGAGAUGCCUGUCGAUCCCGUCGAGCACCUUUUCGCCCACCAGAUGAUCCACCUCGAAGCCUACAUCGUCCAUGUCGACAUGGUCCUCCGCAAUGAGGUUGCCUACAAGCUCACAAAGGAUACCAUUGAAACCAUGGUCGAGUACCACAAGGAGAUUCACUGCGUCGACGCAAAGGCCAACACCACCGAGUGGUCCGGCAAAGAGCAGCAGGCCAAGAAGCUUCACGAAGACUUUGUCCAGGCCAUCAACAAGUUUGUCUUUCGAACACACGUCUCGGCCCUCGAGGGCCUCGAGGAAGAGGGUGCAGGCGAGCUGCUGUGCGGCCGAAGCGAGGAAGUCAAGAACAACCUCAUGAACCUCAUGAAGCCUCUUGUCGCUCCUCCUCCUCCCCCUCCUCCUCGCGUCGAGGUCAUCCGCCAGCCCCAGCUGCUGCCCAGCUCGCCCAUCAACAACGCAAACAUGUGGUCCCAGGCUCCUAACCUUCCCACGGUCGAUGCCUGGCACGUCUUGCCAUCUAGCCCCAGCGUCGCAUCUACUUGCGCCGAGACGUCUACCUCUCCUGUGUGGGCACAACUCAGCAUGAACGAGAUGCAGCUGCCGUCGCCUCCCGACUCCAUCAUUGUCCCACACACCACCGCUGGGUUCUACUACAGCGCUGCUCAGGUUACCGCUCCUAUCCCUGCGAUUCCUCUGCCCAGCAUGUACGCUCCCAGCCAGUGUGGCGUCAGUGUUGGCAUGUCGGCUGGCUUCGACUGGCAACGCUAUCAAGACUACGGAACUCCCAUCAUAAUGUGACAACCACAACCCACCAGCUCACCGCAUGGCGGGUUCCGUGCGGCUCCGAAGGAAUAAUACUGCAUCACGGGCUUCUCUCUUUACGCAGAGACACCGUGCGUACAAUAGCGUUGACAUCUUCUUUUGCAGCGGCAUAGAUCACAUCUUGGGCAUACUGGCGUCUUCUUCAUCUUUUUUCUUUUGCAUCGGGACCGGAGUUUUUACUUUUUCAUUUUCGGAACAAUAUCCACUCAAUCAGCCAGCGUGUUAUUUUAUCUUUUGGCUACGGCCUUUUGGGCGAUUUGCUCAAGGCCAAGGGGAAACUUGGUACGCAUAUACCCAGGACACAGUUUCCCUCAAGAACCGCUAGCCCGGUUCUGUCUUUUCUUUAUAUCAAAGACGGACUGGAUCCUCAAAGUGCAUUUACAAAUCGGGCAGGGAUUUUGACAAACUUCACGAGCGGCUUUCCCUCGGUUGUUUUCCUUUUUUUUUCGUUUUUCCUUAUUGUCUGUUUUCAUCUUGGGUUAAAGAUAUAAGAGGAACAUGCAGCAAUGCGCUCUCUCGGCAUGGCCCGAGACCUCAUUUUCUACAUUUGCGUCUUUUUUUUCAUUAUCUUCUUUAUUACUUCCUUCUAUUUCCUUUCUUUGCUCUUUAUUUUGGGUACAAGCAUGGCGCUACACGGAUUUGGAUGAUUGAUGAUACCCCCUGAGCGUUUGAUAUUUUCUCACUGGAAGCUCAACAACAUCAUUCAUACACGCAAUCCCAAACCACUAUCAACAAACGAAUUAUGACGACGACGAACUCCAAGACAAAAAACACCUUUUGCUCAAAGCACUGGCACACUCACAAGCAUCGUCGACGCGUUUUGAGCCACGGAACUGGACUUCCCGCUCACACGCUUCCUUUUACGGCCGUCAUGACACGAAUAUCAUGCUUUAACGCCGCGAUAUCAGGAAUAUCGCCGCCAACGAAGAAACCUGUUGAUAGCAAAGCUUUACAACAUCCAUCUGGAUAUGGACAGUUACUACAAGCUUAAUGCUCAUGCUACAUGUCCUUGGUCUCCCGACCUACUGGGGCUGGCUCCCCACCCACCAGCUGCUGCGCAGUGCUUGGUGUAGGACAUCCUAGGGUGCUUACCAGCCUAGCUUCUUGACAUGUUGCCUCGGCCACCGCAGAAGCAUCUGCUCUAUAGAACUUGAUAAGCAUUACUUGUGUAGGUCAUCUCCCUACAAGCCGCAACGUUUUUCCACGCUGGCAAGCAGCCAGAUCUGUUUGCUGGUUCAUAGCUGGAAGAACAAUGAGGCGGAGUGAAGUGUUUCUUCGACAGUCCUGCUUGCUAUGCAGAGCUUGGAGCUCAGUAAUAAAGCUCGGCUUUGUCUCUGGCGGGCAACCUGUCGAGCCAAAGAAACACGGCACUCUUUAGAGAUGCUGGAUAUUAUAUAACAACAAAUUGAGUUUGUUGGGUGCGGCAAUCUCUUAACUGAGAUCCGGAACUGGGCCACGCAAACCUCCUGUCAUAGUCUUUUGCACUGGUUGCAUAGACUUAGCAUGACCGCGAGCAAUGCCAGCUCAUGCUGCAUAGAAGAAGGAACAACUAGCCGCUGAUGGCUGGGAACCUUUUGGUACAUCACGCACGGUAAUAGCUAGCUAGCCUGAUGGGAUGAUGCCUGGGAACCCUGCCUCGGAAGGACAAAUUUUCAGGAUCCCUGCUCGUUUGUUUCUCCUUGCCUUAGUUAUUUCAUAACAGUCAUAGCAAAUACAAAACAUGACACAAACAUUAAA